AUGCGGGCGGGGGGUGCGGGGGACGCGGCCCGGCGGGCGGGGGUCGGCGGAGCGCAGGCGGCGGGGGCCGGAGGCAUAACAACUCCGGAGGGCUCCCAGGGGGCUGUCAUGGAAGGAACUGGGGGAGAAGUCCUCGGCCAGGGGAACUGCGGGCUGGAAGAUGCCCCAGACGUCUUGGCUAGAGCCCCCGUCCCCCUCGCGCCUGAGUGGCCACUGCCCCUUGCCUCGUCUGCCCUUACCUUGCUCCUAGGGGCGCUCACCUCUCUCUUCCUCUGGUACUGCUAUCGCCUGGGCUCCCAGGACAUGCAGGUCCUGGGGGCUGGGGGGCUGGUGGGGACUGUCAGUGGUGGGUCAGACAGAUGUUCAGAGGCUGGCAGGCCAAGCCCGGGAAGUCCCGGGGAGCCUGGGGAAGGACCCGGGACAGAAGGUCUAGUGAGCCGACGGCUCCGUGCCUAUGCCAGGCGCUACUCCUGGGCGGGGAUGGGUAGGGUGAGGCGGGCAGCUCAGGGUGGCCCAGGCCCUGGGGGAGGGCCAGUGGUCCUGGGUAUUCAGCGACCAGGCCUAUUUUUCCUGCCGGACCUGCCCUCUGUCCCCUUUGUGCCACGCGAUGCCCAGCGGCAUGAUGUGGAGCUCUUGGAGAGCAGCUUCCCUGCCAUUUUGCGGGACUUUGGGGCUGUGAACUGGGACUUCUCAGGGUCUGCCCCUCUGCCUCGGGGCUGGUCCCCACCCCUAGCCCCUGGGUGCUACCAGCUCCUGCUAUACCAAGCAGGCCGGUGCCAACCCAGCAACUGUCGCCGGUGCCCGGGGGCCUACCGGGCACUAAGGGGGCUUCGGAGCUUUAUGAGUGCCAACACCUUCGGCAAUGCCGGCUUUUCCGUCCUCCUGCCUGGGGCCCGGCUAGAGAGCCGCUGUGGGCCCACCAAUGCUCGGGUGAGAUGCCAUUUGGGUCUGAAGAUCCCUCCUGGCUGCGAGCUGGUGGUUGGGGGCGAGCCCCAGUGCUGGGCUGAAGGACACUGCCUACUCGUGGAUGACUCUUUCCUGCAUACAGUGGCGCAUAAUGGUUCCCCUGAAGAUGGGCCCCGAGUGGUCUUCAUUGUGGACCUCUGGCACCCCAAUGUGGCUGGGGCAGAGCGCCAAGCCCUUGACUAUGUCUUCGCACCAGCCCCUUGAAGGAAAAUUCUCCCUUCAUCUCUCUGGGC